GAUUUUUUAUUGCAUAAAAUAAGUUGAACAUAGAACAUACUGUAUAGAAAAAUAAAGUACCUUAAAAUUUAAUUUUAAAAUAUGUCCUUAGAUAUAAAGGCUGACUUUUGUCUCCCCUCAAAAUUGUUGUUUGUAUGUAAAUCAUUUACCAUUGCAUUCGAAUCUUAACACAUCCAUUAUGAUGACUCCAUAAUAAGCAGAUCAUUAGAAAGUAGUAAGAUACUACUUAUAUACAACCGAUCAAAUUUCCCGCUUAAAAAAAAAAAUCUAUAAAAUGUUUUAUUAUUUUUUUUUUUACGUAAUGUUUUAAAACAAUAUUUUCUGGCCUUAAAGGUUUUUCGUCGGUUCCACAAAAUAAUACAUUUUGUUUAUCUAAGAAACGUAAUACUAUAUGUUUAUUCAUAUUUUCGUCUUUGACACAAUAUUUAUGCGGUUUAAGUGCCUUUAAUAAUUUCAAUUAAUUGUGAUCAGUUAAAGUGUAUACUUAAGAAGCUUUAAAAUAUCGUCAAAGUUAUCAACCAUAUUCUUGUAAUAAGUAUUAUUUACUUAUUUUGUAUUCAAAUUGUAAGUAAAUGUUUUAUACUUUUUUCUAAGACCAUAUUUUACAAUAAAUCAACUCACCUAGAUAAAUGUCAUAGUACGGAAACCAGCUACUCAUAGAAAAUUAAAUUAUCGUCACCUGCUUAAUAAUGUGAACUAUGUUUUAAUUUUGUAUUGACUAAAUUUCAUAUUAUUUAGUCAUAUAAUCGUAUUGUUAGCUAAAACGAAAGCACAAAUGCAAUUGUAUUAGACAUUUUUUAAAAACAUAAUCGUCUAAUUCAAUGUUUCCGUUUUAAGGUUCCAUCGCCUGGAUCAAUCAAGAUGACUCCCACCGAGAUGGCUUUCUGGAGAGCAUGUCUAUCAUUUGUGACAUAUAUAAUACCACUUAAUAAGUAUUUGAACAGAAAACCAGUGCGGUUAUCUUUAACAUCUCCUAAACCAACCACAAGUGGUGCGUCGGAGGAAAAGGAACAACAGGGCAAGAAGUUCAGACAAUACGCAGCCGCGUUGUCCGCCACGAUCGGUCCGUUUGCUGUGGGCACUGUGCUGGCGUGGAUGUCACCGGCGUUGCCCAUGCUGUUGUCCGCGGACUCAAAGAUCAAGAUGACGGCUGAUCAGGGGUCGUGGGUGGGUUCCUUGAUCGCCAUCGGUGCCAUCUUCGGGUCAAUACCGGCGGGCAGGACCGCUGACUUAAUCGGCCGAAAACCCGUCAUCGCCUUCCUGUCCCUGCCUUUCAUCAUCAGCUGGUCAAUGAUUUACUUCGCGACAGAGGUCUGGCAUCUAUACGUGGCGCGUCUGAUUGCCGGCACCUGCCUCGGAGGCAUCACCGCAACCGUCCCUAUGUACAUCGGCGAGAUAGCCGAGAAGUCCAUCAGAGGUGAGCUGACCUCUUUCGUUCAGGUAAACGUGACGCUUGGCAUAUUGUACGUUUACUUGAUCGGUCCGUUCGUGAAUUACGCGGGGCUGGCUAUCAUGUGCGGCAUAUUACCUGCUAUCUGGUUCGUCCUGGUACUGUUGGUGGUGCCAGAAUCUCCAACGUAUCUUUGGCGAUCCGGUAAGAGGAAGGAAGCAGAAGAUGUGUUGAUUAUCUUGCGUGGCAAAGACUACGACACUUCCGACGAGCUGGCGGCGCUGCAGAAGGAUCUCGAGGAGAAGAAGCCCAACAGCAAGUUAUCGGAAAUGAUAAAAUCCAAGCCCACGUUACGCGCGGCAUUCACAGUUUUGGGACUGCUUGGGUUUCUGUCAUGUUCCGGUAUCAACGUGGUAAUAUUCUACGCCGAGUCCAUAUUCAAGGGCAGCAACAGCAUGAUUUCCCCGAAAGCCUGCUCCAUCGUCAUCGGGGUCCUUCAAGUCAUAUUCACUUUCGCGUCCUCGCAGCUGGUGGACAGGGCUGGCCGGCGGGUGUUGUUGCUGAUCUCCGAUUCGGUGAUGGCCAUGUGCCUCGGUUCCCUGGCCUUCUACUUCUAUCAACAGGAGCGCGGCGUCGACGUGUCUGCGUUCAGUCUGGUGCCGCUCAUCAGCUUGGGAAUUUAUAUCAGCACCUUCGCGCUGGGUUUCGGCCCAAUACCGGGGGUCAUGAUUGGAGAGCUGUUCAGCCCGGAAUUCAAGGGACUGGCGAUCGGCAUCGUGUGCGUGCUCGCGUCGUUGAUUGAGUUCUGCGUUGUCAAGUCGUAUCAGACCCUGUUGAAUCACUACAACCGCGGUGUCACGUUCGGAUUAUUCGCUUGCUGUUGCGUGGUGGGCACCUGUUUCGUGUUCUUCCUGGUGCCGGAGACAAAGAACAAGUCUCUACAGGAAAUCCAGGAGGAGCUCGCUGGCAAAAAGAGGACGGCCAACCAGACGCAGGUUGUCAGCGUUUAGAUUGCCUGAACUAAUAUUUUAUAUU